CCGACUACCGCCUUUCGACUGCUCUCAAUUCGUUUGAUCCUGGUCCUAUAUCAACAUCGUAAACAUCGCGUUCCGAUGUUAGCAACCAUUUUUGGGCGGCUUCUCCAGGUCAUUUGCAUGAUGCGCUUGGAUCGUGAUCGAGGCAGAAUUCAAUAAGAUGUGCCAUGACGGAUUCACGCAUACAUCCAUGUACAACCCCACCCUACAGUAUUCAAUAUUCAAUGUCAGCACCCAUCGGUGCAGUGCGGUCUCGACUACCCUUCACACUACCGCAUACCCACUCGUAACCACCGCCUGUAUAUGCAACGGCACCGGAAUCCGCCUAAAUCGUCCAAUUGUCCGGAGACGUGUCCGAUGUGGGCAACAUUCAUCUUGCAAAUUGAUGCGGACUUUUGACGGCUCUAAGGGCGCGCGGCAUAAGGUUCACGAUCUCAUCAUUGACGUGCGAAACAUGCUGCGCUGCUCACGGAUUGCAAAGGAAAGUUCAUUAAUGCACCAUACGGAAUCUACGUCACCCGACGGCCGAAGGCCUAACUCUCGGUUAUUUCCGAUAUUCUUGUACCUAAGGUAUCAGAUAAUGCGUCGCAGAAGCAAGACGUAUACUUGAGCGCUUGAGCACUGUGCUCUCGAGGUGAUUAUCACAGCCCAGGCCAUUCUGAUCAACGUCCUUGUCCCUUAUUCGAGCGAAUUCCACACUUCAGUUUCCUGCUGCCCAUCACCAUGAUGCAAAAUGUGCCAUCCCGAAGCGCCAGGCUGCGAUGUAGUCACAAGCUGUGACUUGUGUAUCGUAUGCAGCCUCUCGCAUAGACAUCAAUUUUCCCACAAGGUCCCGCGAUCAUUCUGCCCCGGACACGACAAGUUGGGUGCCUGACUCUGGCAACACGCGCGGAAGAAUU